ACAUUAAUCGUGUAUUCACGUAAGUAUAGAAUAUUACGUGGUGUUUUAUAUUACAAUUUUAUGUCCUAUGUGGUGUCUCACAUGUAUUUUGCAUGAUAUUAUGUGGUGGAUACAGAUAUACCGAUAGGGCCUAGCUAUCAGUACAUGUUGUUUGUAAUGAUACUACUUCUGCUAUGCCACUUGGUAUAAUCCGGUUGCAGUAUUCAGUAAUGUUUCAUAGGUGAAGAUAGAUAGUGAUGAUCUCCGAUAUAACAUUUUAACAUGUCAUCCCGAUCCAUAAAAGAACUAUGCCAACACAAAUAAAACUAUAAUGUACCGACAUAAUAUCGAUUCAAUAAUAAUAUAAUAUGUACCGAUAUGAUACCUGAUCCAAUAAAAAUAUAAAAGUGAAAGGUGUACAAUUAUACAGAGACCUAAAAGUCUAUAUAUAUAUUAUAAACAAACUCACAUUAAUAUAUUGUGUUCACAAAAAAAGCAAAAAAAUGGAGUACAACUUAGUGUUAUUAUACACAAGUUUAGCAAUAGGAAUUUUAACCCUAAUUUGUGUUCUAAAGAGGGUAAAUGGAUGGUUUUUUACAUUUUUUACAAAAAAAUGUAACUUGCCUCCUGGUGACAUGGGUUGGCCAUUAGUAGGGAACAUGAUUUUUUUCUUACUAAGUUUCAAAGAUAAUAAUCUUAGCUCAUUUUUUACCUACUUUGUUACUAGGUUUGGGGAGGGUGGAAUGUACAAGGCAUUCCUGUUUGGAAAACCGAGUAUUAUCAUGACAAAAGUUGAAAUAAGUAGGAAAAUAUUUAUGGAUGAUGAAAAUUAUGAUAGAGGUAUGCCAAACUAUAUAUUAAAAAUAUUAGGACAAGCUCAAGUUGGUGGAUUUACAAGAGAAGAAAGCAAGACUCUACAUAGAAUCACAACAUUGAUAAAAAGUGACAUAUCAUUAUUAUCAAAUUACUUUGAUUUUGCAAAUGAAAUUGUGAAAAAAUCAUUUGUGAAAUUGGUUGAAAUGGAAGAACCAAUUGAUGUAAUUUUAGCAAUUAAAAGGCCAGCAUUUGAAGUGUUAAUGAGAAUUCUUAUAGGUGAUGGAGUUGAUAAUGAUAUGGUGAAUAUUCUAUUUGAAGAGACUAUUUAUCUUAUUCAUGGUUGUCAUGGUUUGCCAUUUAAUAUACCAGGAUCAGCUUACAAUAGGGGAUUAAAGGCUAGGAAAGCAAUGUCUAAGAUAUAUAAAUAUAUUUUAGAUGAAAGAAAAGUGAUGAUUGGGAAAAACAAAACAAGAGAAAAGUCCAAUAUUUUACUAGAUAUGAUGUUAAACACUCAAGAUGAUGAUAAUGAAGGAUUCAAUGAUGAGAAGAUCAUUGCAAUGCUUGUUUCAUAUACAUUUGCUGGUUUUGAAUCUGUUGCUUUGGUAGCAUCAACUGCAAUUAUGUAUUUGGAAAAACAUCCUCACUUCUUGGACAAAGCUAAAGAGGAACAAGAGGAUAUUGUAAAGAGAAGAUCAUCACCAAAUGAAGGCCUUAAUUUCCAUGAAAUUAAAGAGAUGAAGUAUCUUAGUAAUGUAAUUAAUGAAUCAUUGCGUAUUGCUACUGCUAAAACAAUAUUCUUUAGAGAGGCAAGAACUACUAUUAACAUAAAUGGGUAUACCAUACCUAAGGGGUGGAAGUUUUUGUCAUUUUCAUGGAAUUAUCAUUUCGACCCUCAUACUUACGUGAGACCUAAGGAAUUUAAUCCUUCUAGAUGGGAUGAUCUUAAAACCAAGCCAGCCUCUUUUCUUCCCUUUGGAGUUGGCCCUAAAAUGUGUCCAGGAGCCAAUUUGGCUAGGCUUGAGGUUUCUGUAAUUCUUCAUUACUUUCUUCUUAACUACAGGGUGGAGCGAGUUAAUUCAGAGAGCAAAAUCGAACCUCCGAGAAGUUGUCUUGUGAAAUUCAAGAAGAUCUAAGCGAUCAUCAUAUAUCAUAUCAUAUAUCAUAUGAAUAUGAAUGAGAAUUUCAUUGUUUUUCAGUAUUUUCUAUUUUCAUUGCUAAUUUAUCAUUUGGAUUUUAUGUGUGUGACUCUUUUUAUGUAAGCUAGCUAUCGUUGAAAUUAAUUAUGUUAAAUGUUUUUUUUUUAUCUUUGGUGUUAUUUUAUAUGACUAUUUAGGAUUUUUA